UUACUUUUUUUUUUUUUUUUUUUCUUUUGCUACUCUCAACUUCGAUUUCUUACCGCCGUACUUCUGACCAGCAUUCGAACGCGCCCUUCAAUUCUCGCGCUGCUCUGUUUCGAGCGUGCAGCCUGGUCGUCUUCUCUUGUCAGUUGAACCGGCAGCAGCCCCUCGGCUUUUGAAGGACAGAUCCCCAUUUAUGGACCAAACUUUCAACGCCGAUGACUAUGUAGCUCAAGAGCAAUUGUUAUUUGGUCUCGACCAUGUUCGGGGACUGCAGUACGCAGAUGUACCCAACAAUGAUUUGUACCAGCAGCUGCAGUAUGGAGUCCAAUCAUAUGAUCAUCGGUCCGCCUCCCCGGACUUCAUCUUGUAUCGUCCACAAUCCAUUCCAUUGUCCAGCUCCGAGAUGCUAGACAUCUCUCACGACUGGACAGUGUCGCAGGCCUUGUCUUUGCCUUGCCAUCCCUUCAAUUCCCAAUUCAAAGACCCCGCGACUUCCAUGGUAGACUACGCCGCGUGGAAUAGCUCUCCCGUGCUCCAGAACACUGCAUACCCUGGCUCUAACCCAGUCAACAUUCCAACAAAGCCGAGUGAGGCUCAAUAUCACUUCUUAAGCCCCACCAGCACAGUUGAUACUUCGUUUUACAGCCAUGGAAGCUGGGCCAGCUCACACACUUCCACAUCGCAAGUAGAGAGCGUGGGCGAGAAUGCCACCCCUUGCAACACGACCUUUGAAGAGCCGAUUCAGUUCUCCAAGCAGCCCGUCUCCGGCAGCAGAGGAAUGACAAGCACGUCGCCAUUAAGCAUGAUCCAGUACAGUGCCGCUGAAAACACGCAUCGCUUGACCCCGGCCAUGACCUCCGGCGGGAAACGUCCUCGUGGACGUACCGGCCCGCUCAACGAGGCCCAGCGCCGGUCCACAGCGUACAUGCGGAAUGUGAAGGCUUGCCAAAGCUGCCGUUCUCGAAAGGCAAAGUGCGAUCCGGGCAUCCCAUGCAGGCAGUGCAUCAACUAUUACAAGCAGAAUCUGAUCCAUCACCCAUGCCGUGGUCAGCAGCUCGAAGACAUCGCCGACAAAUUCCUUCAAGGCCAUAUCUUUCCUCGGAAGCGAGCGUUGGGAACCGACUUUGGCGUCAACUUUCGCACUUUUCCCGACAGCGAUUUCACAAUCUACCUGACCCUUGGCUUUGGAGAACCGUUCCCCUGGCCAGCGCAGGUUGUUAGCUCGCUCAAUUGCUCGAAAUUCUCAUGCGAGCUGAUUCACGAACAUGUGCACUACAAGUGGCCUGAGCACCACAUGAACCAUGCCGAGCGCACGGAGAAGAAGGAAUGGGUAUUUCCUGCGCUUUUGACAAACACGUCUGAGCUCAAGUCUGCCGUGGACGAACAUCUGACGAGGCUAAUCGAUAGUCCAGCUAACUUUACCCAUUUUCCCGUAUAUAAGAGUCCCCUGGUAGUGCUCAAGCAUAUUUAUGAAUUCUACCUCAAGCUCAGCGAGAGCAAUGAGAACAGACCAGCAAAGAAGCUGCUGGGCCAGGCGUUCAAGCUUCUCAAUUUGAUCCACAUCGGGGGCGACACUCGGGUUUCGCCGAGCGAAAAUACCCGUCGAAUCUUGAACUACUUCUUCUCGAUCGAUGUCCGCGAGCAAGACGUUGUACCAUGUUACAUCCGCGGCCAGCUCGGAGAGGUCUUCUCCAAACUUGCCUCAGAGUAUAUGAAAGAGGUGUUGUCAAAGCUUGAGAUCGAAUGCCUGAACAAAAACAGCAGUCGAUUUCCCUUGAUCACGUGUACAUUCCUUGUGCUCCUCAUGUCCAUCGAGAGCCUACAGCACAAGACGCACAAGGACGCGUUCCAUUCGAUCCAAGACGGAGGCACGAACUCGUCUCCAAAUGUUGAGGAUGAGAUCGACGGCAUGGUCGAUCUCCUGGAAUUUUACAAGAACUGCUGCGGCACGACCCACAGAGAAAGACUUCUCAGCUUGGUUGACGGCGGGCAAAUAUGGACGAGUCGUAAUGCGCCAUCGGCCUUCACAGCCGGCGAAACUGUGAUUUUACGGUUGAGGGAAGCUAUCCUUCAAUCCAAAUCGUACCUGCAAGAGAGAAGCAAGGAAUCGCUGGAGACCAGCGGUGGCGACAUUACCGUAUUUUUUGACCGCCUCGUGGCGCGUCUGCUGCUUCUGGAAGCCGAUCGACCUAUCGUCUGAAAGAUCUGAUGAACAGGAUUCUGAUGUACAUGAAGAUGAAAACGAUUUGUUAUUGUAUGUCAUUUUUGACGGCCUGCGAAUGAGUGGAAGAAUCUUCUACUUGGGUUGUAUUUAGCACGGCGCUUGCUUUGAUGAAACUCUGCUUUGUGACGUCCGGUGCUGGUGGCUCACCUUUUGUACUUUAAGCAUGUUUCCAGGACUGACUUCAAUGUAAGCUGAAAUUGUUAUU